AUGUCUUUCCACAGCGAACCGCAAGGAAUAUCGUUCAUCGAGACCUCUAACCUGGACGGGGAGACCAACUUGAAGAUCCGCCAGGCCAACCCGGAGACGGCUCGUCUCGACAGCACGAGGCAACUGGCCGAGUUCCAUGCUACUGUGCAGUGUGAAUCGCCUAACAGGCACCUUUACGAGUUCAAUGGCAUGCUGAAGGAAACUAACGCCAAGACGAUACCACUGGGCCUGGACCAGAUGCUGCUUCGUGGGGCGAUGCUUCGGAAUACUUCAUGGGUAUACGGUGUGGUGGUCUACACGGGCCACGAGACUAAGCUCAUGAAGAACUCCACCAAAGCCCCGCUGAAGCGCUCGUCGAUCGACCGGCAGACCAACACGCACAUCCUGAUGCUGUUCAUGAUCCUGCUGGCGCUGUCGCUGCUCAGCGCCGCCUUCAACGAGCUGUGGGUGCGCAGCCACAGCGACUGGUACAUCGGCCUCACGGAGGCGCAGAAUACACAUUUCGGAUUUAACUUUUUGACAUUUUUGAUAUUGUACAACAAUCUUAUACCUAUAUCGUUACAAGUUACUGCUGAAAUUGUUAGAUUUUUUCAAGCGAAGUUCAUCGCGAUGGACAGCGAGAUGUAUCACUCGGCGACUGACACGCCGGCCAUGGCGCGCACGUCCAACCUCAACGAGGAGCUGGGCAUGGUCAAGUACGUGUUCAGCGACAAGACCGGCACGCUCACCUGCAACGUCAUGGACUUCCACAAGUGCUCCAUCGCUGAGAUGAUCUACAACCGUCCCGGUGAGAGCGAGCGUCUGGAAGACACGCUUCUCUACCAGAACCUGAUGCGCAGCGCCGCCGCGCCCGUUAUCCGCGAGUUCCUCACUAUGCUGGCCAUCUGUCACACAGUCAUCCCCGAGAAGGUCAACGGGAAGAUCAACUACCACGCCGCCUCGCCGGACGAGCGCGCGCUAGUGAUGGGCGCGGCGCGCUUCGGCUUCGUGUUCGAGACACGCACUCCCACCUGCGUGCGAAUCCGCGUGCCCGCGCCCGCCACCGCCACCGCCGCCGGGCCCACUGCUGGGAUGGCCACGCAGGAGGAGGAGUAUGCCAUCCUCAAUGUUAUAGACUUCACCUCGUCCAGGAAGCGGAUGUCUGUCAUCGUCAGGACGCCCACUGGUGAGAUCAAGCUGUACUGCAAGGGUGCGGACUCGGUAAUCUACCCGCGACUGGCGGGCGGUCCCGCCGCGCCAUACUCCGCCGCCACGCUGGCGCACCUCGAGCACUUCGCGUCCGAGGGGCUGCGGACGCUGGUGUUCGCCGUGGCGGACGUGCCCGAGGCGCUGUACCAGGUACGACACUUGUCUCCACUCGAGCACUUCGCGUCCGAGGGGCUGCGGACGCUGGUGUUCGCCGUGGCGGACGUGCCCGAGGCGCUGUACCAGGUACGACACUUGUCUCCACUCGAGCACUUCGCGUCCGAGGGGCUGCGGACGCUGGUGUUCGCCGUGGCGGACGUGCCCGAGGCGCUGUACCAGGUACGACACUUGUCUCCACUCGAGCACUUCGCGUCCGAGGGGCUGCGGACGCUGGUGUUCGCCGUGGCGGACGUGCCCGAGGCGCUGUACCAGGUACGACACUUGUCUCCACUCGAGCACUUCGCGUCCGAGGGGCUGCGGACGCUGGUGUUCGCCGUGGCGGACGUGCCCGAGGCGCUGUACCAGGUACGACACUUGUCUCCACUCGAGCACUUCGCGUCCGAGGGGCUGCGGACGCUGGUGUUCGCCGUGGCGGACGUGCCCGAGGCGCUGUACCAGGUACGACACUUGUCUCCACUCGAGCACUUCGCGUCCGAGGGGCUGCGGACGCUGGUGUUCGCCGUGGCGGACGUGCCCGAGGCGCUGUACCAGGAGUGGUCGAACACGUACCACAAGGCAUCGAUCGCGAUCCAGGAGCGCGAGCAGAAGAUCGAGGAGGCGGCGCUGCUCAUCGAGAACAACCUACGUCUACUCGGCGCCACCGCCAUCGAGGACAAGCUGCAGGACGGCGUGCCCGACACGAUAGCGGCUUUACUAAAGGCCAAUAUGUACGUGUGGGUGCUGACGGGCGACAAGCAGGAGACGGCCAUCAACAUCGCCCACUCGGCGCGCCUCAUACACUCCGCCAUGCCGCUGCUAAUACUCAACGAGGAUAGUCUCGAUGGCACCAGAGAGACGAUAUCCCGCCACGCGGCAGAGUUCGGGGACAACCUUCGCAAACAGAACGAGGUGGCGCUUAUCAUCGACGGCAAAACGCUCAAGUACGCCAUGGGCUGCGACCUCAAGAAGGACUUCCUCGACCUCUGCAUCUCCUGCAAGGUCGUCGUCUGCUGCAGGGUCUCGCCCAUACAGAAGGCCGAGGUCAGUAGUUGUGUCGCUGACGUCAUCGACGGCAGACGCUCAAGUACGCCAUGGGCUGCGACCUCAAGAAGGACUUCCUCGACCUCUGCAUCUCCUGCAAGGUCGUCGUCUGCUGCAGGGUCUCGCCCAUACAGAAGGCCGAGGUCGUGGAGAUGGUAUCGACCGCUACGGGCGCGGUGACGCUGGCGAUCGGCGACGGCGCCAACGACGUGGCCAUGAUCCAACGAGCGUCUGUCGGCGUCGGCAUCUCUGGCGUCGAAGGCCUGCAGGCCGUCUGCGCCUCCGACUACAGCAUCGCACAGUUCCGCUUCCUGCUGCGGCUGCUGCUGGUGCACGGCGCGUGGAACUACUCUCGCAUCAGCAAGCUCAUCCUGUACUCCUUCUACAAGAACAUCUGCCUCUACGUCAUCGAGCUCUGGUUCGCCAUCUACUCCGCCUG